CUUCUAACCUCAUACUUAAUUUGUUUACAAUUACUUGUAUCACUUAUUCACACAGUUUUUAAACCAACCUUUUGAGGUUUCUUCAUGAUUUCACUUUAUUAUUAUGUACCGGUUACUUUGGAAGGAUUGACUAUCAGUGUCAUUUAAGGCUGAAGUUUUUUUUUAAAUCCUCCGAAAGUAUUCAACUUGCGUUCAUCAGGGCCUCUUUCCUGCUGUGCGACUUGAUUUUUGCUCUAUUCAGGAUUCAUCGGAGCAAGUAUUUAUCUCCUGUUUUAAUAAAUAUAAAUUAUGUCCGACAGACUCGCUGGGAACAUGGAUGAAGAGGAAGGUAACGAGUAUAGAUGGGAGAGCGGUUAUGAAAAAACUUGGGAGGCUAUCAAAGAGGAUGAUGAUGGCCUCAUUGAUUCUGCUGUGGCAGAUAUUAUACAAAAAUCCAAGCGCAAACGGCAAGAAGAGCGUAUGCAGAAUGCGAGACUGGGGAUGAUGCGGCAUUUAAUCCUUGUCCUCGAUGGCUCCGAUUCAAUGCUUGAUCAGGAUUUGAAACCAACAAGACAUUUGUGCACUCUCAAGAUAAUUGAGGGUUUCAUUGAAGAAUAUAUAGACCAAAACCCGAUCAGUCAGCUAGGAAUAAUAGUAACUCGGGACAAACGUGCCACAAUGAUCUCAGAGCUUGGAGGCAACGCCAAAAAACACAUUGCUGCGUUGAAAGAGCACUUCGGGAACCAAUCAAGCCUCUCCGGUGAACCAUCUCUCAUGAACUCUUUGAAUUUAGCGAUAAAUUCUCUCCAUAUGCUUCCUGCUCAUACAAGUCGUGAGGUUGUAUUCAUAAUGGCUAGUUUAACUACAUGUGACCCUGGGGGCAUCCACUUCACAAUACAGAAUGCUGUGGAGACACAACUAUGCUGUUCAGUGAUCGCUCUUUCGGCUGAAGUAUAUGUUUUUAAGAAGUUGUGUCAAAUGACUGGUGGAAAAUUCAACAUAAUUCUAGAUGACAAACAUUUCAGAGACAUCGUGUACCAGUUUGUCGAACCUUUAACUGUAUCGCAGCAGAAAGAGGCUUCCUUGGUCAAAAUGGGUUUUCCUCAUCAUUUGAACAUCGAUGAAAAAGAAGCUGGUUCCACCCUCUGUGCCUGUCAUUUGGAUAGCCAGAAGCCACCAGCAACAAUCGGUUACUUUUGUCCGCAGUGCCAUAGCAAAUAUUGUGAACUUCCAGUCGAGUGCUCUGUCUGCGAACUGGUACUAGUCUCAGCCCUUCACUUUGCAAAGUCAUAUCGGCAUCUGUUUCCUAUUCCCCCUUUUAAGCAACUCAACGUUCAAGAAACAUCAGCCAGCUGUUUUGCUUGUGCUAAGCUCUUAAAAUCUCAAGAUAAAUAUAUUUAUGAAUGUCAACGAUGCAAAAAUUUGUAUUGUCUAGACUGCGAUGUCUUCAUUCACGACUCAAUGCAUCUCUGUCCAGGCUGUGUAUCUGACCAAAGCCUUCUCUCGACUCAAAUUGACAGCCCGCCAAACCCAAGCUGAACCUAACUUACCAUCCUCUGCUCUAAGAAACUCGAUGAGACAAAUGGAAGGCCUCAUGGUGUCAGUGGCUUUUCUAUUUGAUGAAAAUUAAAAUCGUGGAUAGUCCUGGUCAGGGGCUAAUUUCAUAAUUUCAUGGAAUUUUUCUAUAAUUUUUACUCCUGCACCAUCGAGUGCAUUAUUUUAGGCAGUAAUUCUUGCCAAAAAGGGCCAGUGAAAGAUGAUAGCCAGUUUUUUAUGUUUGGUAAGAGAGUAGCAUAUUACCAAUGAAAGCUUAGAAAACAUCUCAACUGCAGUUUCUAGUUGUGUUGCGAAGCCGCAUAUACUCUAGGUUUGGCCAGAGGCACCCAAAAAGUGUCCACACUUUCAGGCUAAGUCCUGGUGCAAAUUGUGAUAAUUGAAAACUCUUAGGGAGAAUUGUGUAGUAACGAACUAUGACUUAAUCUUUCAAGAACUCAUACUAGUGCCUUUUGGCUCAAUUUGGUAAAAAAAAAAAAAAAAAUUAACUGAAAAAGUGGGAAUAGUUGGGAUGCGCAGUCUCAGAACAAAAAUACCUAGCUACGAUUGGAAAUAGCCUUCCUUUCAUUAAAACUUUAAUGAAAAACAGGAAACAUGAAAUAAGACCCUGCAUUGUGGCUGCAGUAACCCAGGUGACUUGAGCCUGGGUCACCGCUACCACAACACAGGAAUUGAACCCUCAGGGUGAAUAAAAACAUUGAACCAUAACUGUGUUCAUUGUUGUCAACUAUGUUAAAUAAUAUGCGGCUGUAAAAGUUAACCUGCAAUUGCCUUCCGUUUUUUCUCCAUGAAUAAAAACAUUAAAUUUUUAACUAUGAAUUAAAGGAGAGAAAAAGAAUGGUAGGUAGCAGACCCUAUGAAGUAUGUACCUGUUUCUUCAGUUAUUCCAUUGCUUUAUCAGUAAUGUUUCAAAUAGCAGAUUACAGAUUCUUUAAAUACAGGUUUUUGUGUUACCCUCUU